AUGGGUUUUGCUCAGAAAAUCGCUGCAGCUCAGAAUAGCCAAAUGGCCAAUAGUGGUACCUACGGAGGUGCCCCUCCAUCAGGGUACACUGGGGGUCCUCCUGCAGCCUUGCAGGCUGGUGGAUCGAGUCAACAGCCCCAAUAUCAGGCUUAUUCAGGAUCCCCAGCCCCUCAGGGAUCGAACAAUCCAUCAUCUCCCCACUCCAGGCCUCCGCCGUCAACAUCUUACCCCGCAUCUCAGCAACCUCAGCAAUCGCAGGGCUAUGGCCGCCCGCCUCCACCCCCACCACAAGGCCAGCCUUAUGCCUCCGCUAGUUCGCCUUACCCGGGUCAGCAACCGGGACAGCCCUAUGCUUCUCCCAGCUCGCCCUACCCAGGACGACAGUCUGCACAGUCGCCCUAUCCUGGUCAACAGCAACCUCCUCCACAAGGAUACCCUGGACAACAGCAAUACCCCGGACAACAACAAUAUCCCGGACAACAACCAUACCCUGGACAGCAGCCGUCAUAUAACCAGGCACCGCCCUACCCUACCCAGGGAGCUCCAUACCCCGGUGGCCAGGGCCGUCCUGGACCCUCACCUGGACCACCAAGUGGACCACCACCAGGCCAGUAUGGCGCACCCGGUGGCGCCCCUCAGCCUGCAGCUCCCCCGGCCACCCAGCAACAGGUCGCAGCUUACCGAUCGCUUUUGAUUUCCACGAUUCAGGAGAAGAAUCUCCAAAGCUUCUACCCUCCGGAGCGACUGGACCGACUUGUUCAGUCGCUUGCCGCUGAAGCACCGGGAAAGCUCAAUAGGCUGAUUCAUGAAUGGGCUGUGCCCAUGGAGGUUGCAACUGAUGUCAUGAAGCUCUCGCUGUUCGACGUGAUUCUCUACGUUGAUGACAGUGGAUCCAUCGAAUUCGAAGAGAAGGGACUCCGAAAGGAUCAACUCAGACAGAUUCUCGGUAUUGUAGCUACUGCUGCAUCUACCUUCGACCAGGACGGUAUUUCUGUGCGAUUCAUGAACUCCAGUGAAGUGGGCGAUGGCAUUCGCAACGCAGAGGAUGUCAACCGUCUAGUGUCCCGAGUCCGUUUCUCGGGCCUGACCCCGCUGGGUACCAACCUGAAGACCAAGGUCAUCGACCCGAUGGUUGUUCAACCCGCCAGGGCCAACCGUCUCGAGAAACCCGUGCUGGUGAUCACCAUCACCGAUGGACAGCCUGCUGGCGAGCCUCACGGUGCCGUGGGUGAUGUCAUUCGCUACGCAGUGGAGGAGACCUCGCGGACUCGUUAUGGCCCCGGCUCCGUAUCCUUCCAGUUCUCGCAGGUGGGAACUGAUCAGCGGGCUCGCGACUUCUUGGGCUCUCUGGACGAGGACCCUCAUAUUGGCCACCUGAUCGACUGUACCUCCAACUUCGAGGUUGAGCAGGAUGAGAUGUCGCGCGCUAACCCACCGGUGCAUCUCACUCGCGAGCUCUGGUGUGCCAAACUGAUGCUCGGUGCUAUCGAUUCCUCCUACGACACCAAGGAUGAGCGAGACAACGAACGUCGUGGUGGACCUCCACCUGCACCGGUAAGCCAGUACGGAGGAGGAGGAUACGGUCAACCCCCGCCACCCCAGGGCCAAGCUCAGCCUCCGUAUGGUCCGCCCCCUGGUGCCCCGCCGGCUUCGUAUGGUUCCCAGUCCGGCUACCCACCGCAGGGUGGUCAAUACCAACAGCAGCCUCCCCAGCAGCCUCCCUACCAGGGAUCGCGGGGUGGCUAUGGCCAACAACCUGGAUCUGGCUACCAGUAUGGUGGACAGCCGCCACGCUACUGA